CCCCAACCAGAGGGGGGGGGGGGGCACAGACUUUGGAUCACAGCUGGUUCUGGGCUCAGUCUGUAGCUUCCAGCUCGACACUCGCCUCCUGUCUCCUCCAGAUAAAUCAUAAGAAGUCAUCACAGUUUGGAUAAUAAAACUAUUUUUUCAACACCGGACUUUAACGUAUUUUGGACUUCUGCCAUUUUUGUUGUUUUUUGAGUCCAUAACUGGACUCGUCUGAGGCAGAAACACUUCUGUCUGAAUGCCCCAGGAUUACCCACUGGUCGCAGUCCCCCCCCCGGCCUGCAGGGCGGCAGCAGAGAGCGGCGGCUGGCCGCAGAGCCGCAGCAUGAGCGACUUCUGGCACAAGAUGGGCUGCUGCGUGGUGGCCAAGCCGCCGCCGAAGAAGAGGAGGAGGAAGAUUGAUCGCAAUAUGAUCGGAGAGCCAACAAACUUCAUCCACCUCACACACAUCGGCUCUGGAGAGAUGGCAGAGGGACUUCAGCCGUCGGGGCCUGUACAGCAACAGAUGAGGUCAAAAGGCCAGAGUAUGAACGCCAGUAACAGCCUGUUAUAGCCGUAACGAGUGUUUUAACUGGACAGGCUGAGCGAUGACCUCUGACCCCCCUGCGACUCCCAUCCUGGUCUGCCGAUGUUCCCUCGAGCAGAGUGCUUCUUCUCUGAGGAGGACACUGGAAAAUCAGUAUUAAUUCAACCCGAUCGAUGACAUCAUAGGACUGUAAACUCCCAGGAUGCCUCACUCUGCACAGGAGGGAAACGUGUGUGUGUGUGUGUGUGUGACAGCUCAAUCUCCUGUUUCAGAGUCCUUGUGAUGGUCAAGCUGUGGCUCUGGUCCCUGAAUCGGGUCCUCAGCUGCACCAACCUUUAGUAUUUGGCUGAACUUUGAGACAUUUUCAAGACUUUAGUUCUGAUAAUUUCUUGUUGGACGAUUAAAUGUCUGACUUUUGUAAACCGAUGUAUAUUUUUUGCUGUAUUUUGGUGCUUUGCUUCUUGAUGUCUCUGGACAUGUGACACAUAAGACGCUCAUGGGAAAGUUCUGGAUGGUUCAUAUUCCAUAGAAAGUUUAUUGUUGUUUAUUAUGAAGACAUUUCCCCCAAACUCAACAUUCUCUGUAUUAAAACACAUUUUAUCUCUGCACCCAACCGUCCUAACACAUUCAUGUCUGAAUAUUUCAGUUUUAAAUUUGCGGUUUAACGAUAUAAAAUCUUGUUUAAUUUAUUUUGUUGCUUUGGUUUAAGGGAUAAUUAAAACUCCAACUUGUCUAAGUAUUGAUUAAUUAUUGUUAUCUUUAGGUAGAAAAGAAUCCAUCCACUACAGCAAUAGAUUUUUCUUUCAUUUACAUUUGGUAGGUGCAAACAUGUGAUCUUAUGCACCUUCAUCUUUACAACUUGUUUGUGAUUAUAUUUGUUAUUCUUUGGAUAUAUUUCUUUUCCUCUGCUCAUCCGCUGCGUUCAUGGACUCUUCGCGUUGUGGGUGUUUUCUAAACUCUGAAAGAGCUUCAUCGCUGAUCACACGUCACGUGACUCCACCCCCCCAGCUCUCUCUGCUGCUUCUGUAUCUAUCGAAGAUGUUGAUUUAUUAAAAUGUUUUUGUAUUAUU